CAUGAUUUUAGUACCGCUGCGAACAUUGUCGGUUGUCGAUGUGAUUGAAUGUGUUUUGAAAUUUUGGUUAUGGUUUAACUCUCGAUCGCGCGGUGUUUUUUUCCUGUCCUUUCGUUCGAUCGUUGCUGUUGCUGUUCGAUAUUUUGGGAGGAUGGUUUUUUGAUGGAAUGGUGCCGAAUAAAUUAAUUUUUAUAAUUUGAAAAAUUAUUUUUUUUUUUUUGGGAAAGUAAUAUCGUCAGCUUAACAAUAGUAAAAAGGAAAAAUUUAACGAGACUUCGAACAAACUGUUGUUUCAAACGUGCAAAAAUAAAUAACUGAAUUUUGUGCUAGUUUUAAGAUGCGAAUAUCCGCAGGCCUGUUGGGCCUGGGGAAACAAACACCCGCCAGAAAGGUUAUUAUUUUAGGAACAGUCAUUGUCCUAUUAAGUCUAAUAAACCGAUCCGACGGAAAGGUAUGCAAUACGACAGUGUGUGAUUGUAAAGGACAAAAAGGUCGUCGAGGAGAUGUUGGUCCGAGUGGAUUUCCUGGCGUUGAAGGUCAACCUGGUGAUAUAGGUCUCGAUGGGCCCAUGGGACCGAGAGGUGAUUAUGGUGAUGGUGGUGAAUUUGGAGCUCAGGGUGAAAAAGGAUUUCGGGGAGAUUCUGGUCGACGUGGAGAGCACGGAAUGCCUGGUAUGCCUGGUAGUCCUGGCGGUUCUGGAUUAAGAGGAAUUCCAGGUUUAGAUGGCUGCAAUGGAACGAAAGGCUCUGAUGGGCCACAUGGAAUUCCAGGACGACCAGGUGAACGUGGUUUGCCUGGUGAAUCAGGACCACAAGGACCUCGUGGUGAUGCCGGCGACGGAGGAAUCAACUCAAAAGGAAACAAGGGAUCGCGAGGAGAACCAGGACUAGAUGGACUUUCUGGUCAAGGAGGUCAUGAUGGAUUAGCUGGUCCGAAAGGUUAUGAAGGCAUACCUGGACAGCCUGGAUAUCCUGGUGAGCCAGGUUAUCAAGGUGAACGAGGAGAAGAUGCCGAACAAGUACCAAUUUUAUUAGCAAAAGGUGUCAAAGGUGCACCAGGUCCUAGAGGAACGAAAGGAGAAGCUUAUGAUGGUAUGCUUAUCGAAAAUCCUCCUGAAGUAACCAUAAAAGGUAUAGCCGGCGAAAAGGGAGAUCGUGGUUUGCCUGGAGACAAAGGCUUUCCUGGAGAUUUAGGAUACGAUGGUUUGAAAGGAGAACGAGGUUUCCGAGGAUAUAAGGGUGAUGAAGGAGACGCUGGAGAUCGUGGUAAAACUGGUAAAGAAGGAUUACCUGGACCGAGUGGUGAGAAAGGAUCAAAGGGUGCACCUGGCUUCGCUGGACUUGAUGGAGCUGAUGGAGAAAAAGGCGAACGUGGAGAAUUAGGUUAUGAUGGUGUACCUGGUAUUCAAGGCAUUCCGGGUUUACCCGGCUUAUACGAUCCUAGUUUGGACGAAAUAAGUGUUGGGCCAAUCGGAUCUCAAGGUGACGUAGGAGAAAUCGGUGACAGAGGAAUGAACGGUGUACCAGGACAACCUGGUCGAAGAGGCGCAAUGGGUUUGCCUGGACCACCUGGAGAUCCUGGAUUGGAUGGAAGGCCUGGACGGAAGGGUACAUCAGUUCAUGGUCAAGUUGGAGAUCAAGGUGAAACUGGACCACCCGGCCAAAUUGGUACCCCAGGCUUUCCCGGACCAAUCGGCAGAAAAGGACAAAUGGGUUUCCCUGGUUCAAGCCUAAGUGGACCAAAGGGUUUCGGUGGAUCACCUGGUCGGCCUGGAGCUAAUGCAUUUGCUGGCGAUCGCGGUGAAGCUGGCUUGCCAGGAGACAAAGGCUUACCUGGAAUCGGUUUUAAUAUAACUGGUCCACCAGGUCCUGACGGUUUACCAGGUCGACGUGGCGCACCUGGAAAUCCUGGAUACGAUGGUCUCUAUGGUAUUAAAGGUGACAAAGGUUUUCGCGGAGAUGACUGUGGUAUAUGCCCCGCCGGCCAAAGAGGAUUGAAAGGUGAUGCUGGAGUUAUGGGAAGAAUGGGACUAGAUGGAAUCCCUGGAAUGAGAGGACGUCCUGGACCGAGAGGAAUUAAAGGUGCAAUGGGACAGAUUGGUAGAUCUGGUGAUAAAGGAAUGCCAGGUCGUCCUGGAGCAGAUGGUGAACCGGGAAGAGAAGGACGUAAAGGAUUGAAGGGUAUAAUAGAAUAUUCAGGGAAGCGUAUCGAGCCAGAACGCGGCGACUAUGGUGACGAAGGCUGGCCUGGAGUGCAAGGAGCCGAUGGAGAUGUUGGACCCGACGGUUUUCCUGGAUUUGCUGGAGAAAUUGGUGAAAAAGGAGAUGCAGGAGCUGAUGGACUAACUGGAUUACCUGGACGAGAUGGAGCACCAGGAAGAGAUGGUCGCCCUGGACGUCCUGGUGAAGACGCACGAACUCCGAAAUAUUUAUUAGCAGGAGAAAGAGGUCUUGAUGGAUUACAUGGCGCGACAGGCGAACCUGGUUCUAAAGGCACAAAGGGACAGAGAGGAGAACCCAGUGCUCCACGACAGUAUGACUUAAGAGGAGCAAAAGGAGAUAAAGGAGAAGUGGGACCAAUAGGCUUGCAGGGAUAUCCAGGCCAGCAUGGACCGGUUGGUGCUGUUGGUUUUCCUGGACCGUAUGGUGAACCAGGUCCAGCAGGAAUAUCAAUUGCUGGACCAGAAGGAUUCAAAGGCUAUCCAGGUAUUAUGGGAGAUCAUGGACCAACAGGAGCGUCAGGUGAAGACGGUAUCGAUGGAAUUGAGGGUACAGAUGGUUUGUCAGGUCUGAAAGGACAACGCGGUGAACCCGGAAGAUCGAUUUUACCUGGUGAAAUGGGAAUUGACGGUGAUGUUGGUCUAGCUGGAUUACCAGGUGACAAAGGUUAUCCUGGACAGUAUGGCAAUCGUGGUAGAUCAGGUGCAAGAGGAGGGAAAGGAGAACUUGGAUCACAAGGUCCAGAUGGACUCAUUGGCAUUAAAGGAAGAAAAGGUGCGCGAGGAGAUAUCCUCUAUGGUGAUGUAGGUGAACCAGGACCACCUGGUGCAGAUGGAAGAGUAGCACCUUGGGGACUAAAAGGAAAAAAAGGUGACGAUGGAUGGCCCGGUAUGAUUGGUGCUCCUGGAAUCAAGGGAGACAUUGGAUUCCCUGGUAAUGCAGGUCUACAAGGUGAUAUGGGUGAAGCAGGAAAUCUUGGCGAGCCUGGAUUGCAAGGAUACCGAGGACCAGAUGGUGAACCAGGACCGCAAGGUGACUUUGGAUUCCCUGGAAGACCAGGAAGAAGAGGUUUCAACGGACCUGUUGGUGUUCCUGGUUUAAAGGGUGAACGUGGUGAUGCUGGCCUUCCAGGUUUAUCCGGAAGACCAGGACGUGAUGGAAGGAAAGGAGAUCGUGGAGACUUUGGAUAUUUCGGACUUAUUGGCGAAAAGGGAGAAGCGUCAUUUAGUGGAGCUAAAGGUGAAGUUGGUGAAUCUGGGCGAGUUGGAAUGCCAGGUUUUAAUGGAGCUCCAGGAAAACUUGGUCCAAAAGGUGAAGAAGGAGAAGCGGGAAAUGUCAUAGAUGGUGGUCCAGGCUUGAAAGGUCAACCAGGUGUUCCGGGCAGAUACGGUUUCGAUGGUAGAAACGGAUCCAGAGGCGAACGUGGAGAUGUUGGUGAAUUUGGUAUCGUUGGUGAGCCUGGAGAUAUCGGAAUGAUAGGCUCGCCUGGAUUCAACGGACGAAGUGGAAUUCCUGGAGCACCAGGCCAGUCAGGCCCAAGAGGUGAACCAGGAUCAUUUGGACUUACAGGUGAUUUCGGCGACCAAGGUUUCCCAGGAAUAAAAGGAAAACGAGGUGCUCCUGGUCCGGACGGUGAAAAUGGUUUAAUUGGUGAAGCUGGACUGCAAGGAGACAAAGGUUCUCCAGGUUUACCAGGAUCUAUUGCAUUGGUGUAUGUGCCACAAGGAGAGAAAGGUGACGAAGGAGCCAUUGGACUGCCAGGCGCACGUGGUGAGCCUGGAAGACAAGGUGCAAGAGGAAUACCAGGCAAACAAGGUGCUCCUGGAGAUUUCGGACCACAAGGUGACUUCGGAGAGGACGGAUUGAACGGACUAGUUGGAGUGCAAGGCGACAAAGGUUUGAGAGGUUUACGUGGACUCGCAAGCGCUUUUGCAGAAGCUGGAGAAGCUGGUACGCCUGGCUUUGAUGGUUUUCCGGGACAACAGGGAAUACAAGGUCCUAAAGGUGCUCCAGGAGAUUACGGUGAUGAUGGACAGCCUGGAAUGAUUGGCUUACCAGGUACUAGUUCGGAUGGAAUCAAAGGACAGCGAGGUGAUGAAGGCUUACAAGGCCCACCAGGAAGAUCUGGCUUGACAGGAUUACCAGGUCCAAUGGGUUUAAGAGGAGAAAUUGGAUUCAAAGGAGAGCAGGGCUAUAGUGGACCUUCCAUCAAAGGAGAAAGAGGUGAUGAAGGUUUCGAAGGACAAAUUGGCAAAAGCGGUGAAGACGGAUUGUUCGGAUUGGAAGGUGACAGAGGAUUGCCAGGUUUCACUGGUCCACGUGGGCCUAUUGGACCAAAAGGCCUCCAAGGUGAUCAGGGUUGGCAUGGAAUCGAUGGUGUCGACGGUGUUAAAGGCAUUAAAGGAGAACGUGGCUAUACACGACCAUACGAAUUAGCUCCAAGAGGCGAGCCUGGAUUCGAUGGCAUUCCUGGUUUGAAAGGAAUGCAAGGAGAUGAAGGACCAGCCGGAUAUCCUGGUAGAAUUGGUAUUACUGGAUUGCAAGGCUAUCAAGGCGAGGUCGGUGAGAUCGGGCUCGAUGGACUGGAAGGUAUUAAAGGAGAAAGAGGCUAUCCAGGACCACCUGGACAGCCAGGACUUCAUGGAUAUCGUGGACCGAAAGGCUUCCGAGGUGACGAUGCGCCAUCACCACCACAAGCCAAAAGUCGAGGUUUCAUAUUCACCAGGCAUUCACAGUCAGUCAACAUACCUGACUGUCCAAUAAAUACUAACAAAUUGUGGGAAGGUUAUUCGAUGGCUAGUGUUAUUGGUGCGAGUAGAACUGUAGGUCAAGAUCUGGGUCAGGCUGGAUCAUGUAUGCUCAAAUUCUCAACAAUGCCAUUUAUGUUCUGCGAUAUUGGCAACGUAUGCAGUUAUGCCGAGAACAAUGACGACAGUUUGUGGUUGUCCACACCGGAGCCAAUGCCGAUGUCAAUGACUCCUAUCGAUGCACGGGAAAUGAAUCGAUAUAUAUCGAGAUGUUCCGUUUGUGAGACAAACACUCGAAUCAUUGCAAUUCACAGCCAGAGUAUGACUAUACCGGAUUGUCCAAGUGGAUGGGAAGAAAUGUGGAUCGGUUACAGUUACGUUAUGUCUACCAACGACAACAGUGGUGGAUUCGGUCAGGAUCUGAUUUCACCGGGAUCAUGUCUCGAAGAAUUCCGUUCCGCUCCGAUCAUCGAAUGUCACGGACAUGGCCGAUGCAAUUAUUACGAUCAAAUAAACUCGUUCUGGUUAUCGAUAAUCGAAGAAAGUGAAAUGUUCCGUAAACCAAAGCAGCAAACGCUAAAAGCCGAUCAAACUAGUAAAAUUAGCAGAUGUGCUGUGUGCCGUAAAACGGUAAAAAUAGUGGUACCAAGUGAUCCAUUCCCCAGUGCAUCGGCAUUAUUACAACCGCCGAGGGAAACAGUUCGUCGACCAGCACCACCGCGACGACGUCAACGUGUUCGAAAUCAUGCAAAUACACGACGACGCAAUGCGAUACACAAAUAAAUAAAUCAGAAAGUGGAACAAUAGGUUCGGUUUGAACCGUUGCCACAUUAGAUGCUCAUUUAUAAAUUCUGACUUUUAUGUGCCAUCAAUUUUUGUUUUUUUGUUUUGCAGUUUACAAAGAUGGAUCUUAGCAGUGUCCCAUUAUUUAGUCAUAGAAAUAUCGAAUUAAUUUAAAUGAAGAAUGAGUUAAUUUACCACUCUACUCUCUAUCUCAAUGAAAAAACCAAAAAUCGAAUGCAAUCAAAGAAACAAAUUAGAAAUAAAAAUUUCGCUUAAACUGCCUAACCCUCACCCCAAACAAUUGUCUUCAAAUUUAUUUUAUCCACAAGUCUUUUCCAAGUUAAAUGUAUUUUUUUGUAAAAUGUUAAUUUUGUAUUAUGUCUAUAAUAACAGAGCCCGACAACGAUAAUGACGAUUCAUGUAUUUUCUUAAAUCUUCAGUGAAAAAUAAAUCUAAAAAAAUUGUCGGUGACAUCGGUCUUUCUUAUUCGAACGCAUGUAAUGCACUUAGCUACAUGAAAAUUCGCUGGACCCAUAUAACAUGUAAGUUUUUAUAAUUUAAUGUGUACAGUACAUUUCUAUUAAAUAAAAGUUUUAAAAAAA